CGUCCGUCCGGCUCUGCGGACUCAAGGAGAGAAAGGACAAACCAUUCCCCAGAGUGUCUGUCCCACUCUUUGGACCUUAAGACAAUUCAUAAAUAUUUGUGCACAGGUCCGUGUCCCCUCCCUCAUGCAGAACUCCAUGAAAUGAAUAAAGCACCACAGCCUAUAACAGGACCCCCCACCGCCCCCCACCCCUCCCCCUCCCCUGGUCUCUCACAGCCCUCCUUCCCCCCUGGGCAGCCCCCCUCCGUUGUGUUUGCCACCCCACUGCCUCCACAAAUGAACCCAACACCACAGCAACGACAGCCAUACUAUGCCAACAGGGCCAGCCUGCCUCCUAGUAGCGGGCCCCGGGGGGUGCCGACCAGCAGUGCCCCUCGACCUGUGGCUCCAACUCAUGUCUACCAGCCAGGCCCUGGCUCCCAAAUGAUGAUGAUUCCCCAGCAGCAACUCCCUUUCCCCAGCUCCCCACAGGGACCGGCCUACUUCAUACCUGGACAGUACCGGUCAGCAACCUACGUGGCCACACCUCAGCAGUACCCAGUCCCAACUGGCACCCCUGGUUUCUAUGCUGGCACCAGCCCUGCUGAAUAUGGUACUUAUGCAGGAGCAUACUACCCUGCUCAGCCCCAGUUCACAACCUCGGUGCAGCCUGCACCGGUUAUCAUGAACCCUGCUCCCCAGCAGCAGCAACCACCACCUCAACCACCUCAACACAUCCACACCAAACGGGAACGUAAACAGAUCAGAAUACGAGACCCUAACCAAGGAGGCAGAGACAUUACAGAGGAGAUAAUGUCAGGUGGCCGCAGUGGCUCCACCCCAACUCCACCACAGUCAAUUGUGUCUGGAUCAGAAAGUGCAGCAGUGGCACAGGCCAAUGGUGAGAAUGUGACAGCUGCUGCUACAUCAGCACCGGUCAGGCCAGAUGACAAAGGGAAGCUUACACCUACUCCUUCCUCAAAGUCCCCAGAGCUUACCAAGCAUGAGUCCCUCACUAAAGAGGUAACCUCCUCUGACACGAACACUAACGUCCCUUCCCCCUCUCUGGAUGCACCUGCCUCUUCAGAUGACACCCCUCUUGACACUAUUACUGCUCCUCCAUCCCAUGCACCCAUCUCUGACGUGAUGGAUGCACCCCCACAAGCCCGGGAACCCACCCCAACCCCUUUGUCAGCACCAGAGGUGCCAGCUUACCCUGCACCCAUCCCUGACCCUAUACCCGCCACUGCCUCACAAGAAAAAACGGACAAGAGGGACGAGGGGAUGCCAGAGGAGGAGAAGGAGGAGAAGGAGGAGAAAGGGGUGUCUAAAGUGCAGGAGUCUGAAGCAGAUGCUGCAAUUGCUUCUUCAGCAGCUGCCCCUGCACUACCUUUCACAACUAAUGGACUGGCUGAAAUGGAGGCACCAGGGCCGUCAGUCACACUGCCUUCCAGUCAUGUGGAAGCACCUCUGGAAUCCCCCAUAGCUCAGCCUGAGGAAUUAUGCCUUCCCAACGGUCUGCCUCUACCUGACCCUCAGGACCCAGAGGCCCUUGCCAUCAGCUUGGAAGAGCGUGACGACAGCCCCAUUGCCGAGCCUGAUGUUGUGAAGCAGGUAGUCUUGCCAGUUUCUGCACCUGUUCCCCAGUCAGUGCCCACACCUGUUGUCCAGGCGACACCUGCUGUUGACACCGAGGCAACGCCAGCCUCCAUCGUCCAAGCAACAUUCACUCAGCCACAGGUUGAAGAGACAGUUCCUCCAGUCACCCUGGACAUAAAGGUGGACACCAAAAUGCCAGUGCCUGUUACCAUGAGUGAGACUCCUGCUCCCAUAGAGACUGUUGCUGUGGUCACCACUUUACCAGAAACAACCCCAACCCCCCCUCCAGUAACAGAUGAGAGGGAGGACGACCCCCCUCCUCAAACGGCCAACCCUGGCUCUGGGGAAACUCCUAUGCAAGCUGCUGUGUCCGUGCCAAAGAAGAAGAGGAAGAUGAAGGAGCUGAACAAAAAGGAGGCGGUAGGAGACCUCCUGGAUGCCUUUAAGGAGGAGCAGGUGGUGGAGGCCCCACCAGAACCUGAGCCAACCUCAGCACCAGAAGCCCAGGCCCCUGCCACGAGCACCCCUUCCCCAGAGGAGGCUGACCUGACUUGGGAAGAUAAGGAGGACAAACUGGAUGCUGAGAAUAUCCAACCAGAUCCUCCCAAGCCGACUGCGACUGACAAGAAAUACCAGUACAAAGAGGAACAAUGGAAGCCCAUCAACCCGGAGGAGAAGAAGAAAUAUGACCGAGAGUUUCUCCUCGGCUUCCAGUUUAUCUCUGCCAGCAUGAACAAGCCUGAGGGCCUCCCAGCUAUCAGUGAUGUAGUUCUUGACAAGGCCAAUAAGACCCCUCUGCGUCAACUGGACCCCAGUCGGCUACCAGGGAUGAACUGUGGCCCUGACUUCACGCCCUCCUUUGCCAACUUUGGGAAGCCUGGCAUGGGAGGGGGCAGAGGACCACCUCCGGGUAUGGGUGUGGGCAUUGGUGGGCCACGUCGCUCCCAGCAGGGCCAAAGGAAAGAACCUAGGAAGAUCAUCACAAGCAUGUCACUAAACGAUGAUGUACAGCUCAAAAAGGCUGAGAAGGCGUGGAAGCCCUCGUCGAAGAAGUCUACCCGGGGCCGUGGAGGAGAGGAAGUAGAAGAGAGUGAUCAGGAUCUGGGGAAGACCCAGGAGCUGUUCAAACGUGUGCGCAGCAUCCUGAACAAGCUGACCCCUCAGAUGUUUCAGCAGCUGAUGAAGCAGGUGACAGAGCUAACCAUAGAUACAGAGGAGAGGUUGAAAGGAGUCAUAGACCUCAUCUUUGAGAAGGCCAUCUCCGAACCAAACUUCUCUGUGGCCUACGCCAACAUGUGCCGCUGCCUUAUGGGAUUGAAAGUCCCUACAACAGACAAGCCAGGAGUCACUGUUAAUUUCCGCAAGCUACUACUUAACCGCUGCCAGAAGGAGUUUGAGAAGGACAAGGAUGACGAUGAGAUCUUUGAGAAGAAGCAGAAAGAGCUUGACGCUGCCUCAGGGGAGGAAGAAAAGCAGCGUCUCAAAGAUGAGCUUGAGGAGGCCAAGGACAAGGCCAGGAGGCGCUCACUAGGCAACAUUAAAUUCAUUGGUGAGCUAUUCAAGCUGAAAAUGUUGACAGAGGUGAUCAUGCACGACUGCAUCGUUAAGCUGCUCAAGAACCAUGACGAAGAGUCCCUGGAGUGUCUUUGUAGACUGCUAUCUACCAUUGGCAAAGACCUCGACUUUGAGAGGGCCAAGCCUCGUAUGGACCAGUACUUCAACCAAAUGGAGAAGAUAAUCAAGGAAAGGAAGACUUCCUCCAGAAUUCGCUUCAUGUUGCUGGAUGUACUGGACCUCCGACAGAACAACUGGGUGCCCAGGAGAGGGGAUCAAGGUCCCAAGACCAUUGACCAGAUCCAUAAAGAGGCAGAAAUGGAAGAGCAUAGGGAGCAGAUGAAGGUCCAGCAGGCCCUCAUCUCUAAAAAGGAGUCUAGCGGAGGCCCAGGAGGUAGAAUGGGUGGAGGUGGUCCUGGGGGCCGCGGAGGCCCUCACACCCAAGGCCGGGGUAGCAUGCCACAGGAUGAGGGCUGGAACACAGUGCCCAUCUCCACUAAAAACCGACCUAUCGACACGUCACGUCUCAGCAAGAUCACCAAGACUCCAGCUCUUGACUUCAACAACCAGCUGCUUGCCCCUGGGGGUAAAGGCACAUGGGGCAGCUGGGGUAAGGGUAGCAGUGGUGGCACCAGUGCUAAGCCUUCAGAUUCUGGCUCUGAGUCGGGUCGUCCAGCCACUAGUACUCUGAACAGGUUUUCAGCCCUGCAGCAGCCCCUGUCUUCUUCAAGCUCGUCCCUAGACUCAGAUCGACGAGUGCCUCAGAGAAACGGCUCAAGUCGAGAACGUGGUGAUCGGUUUGACCGCUCGGACCGUACAAGCGACCGCUUCGAUAGACGCGAUGAGAGGGACCGAAACAGGCUGACGGUCACCAAACGCAGCUUUAGCCGGGAGAAGGAUGAGCACAGCCGGGAGAGAGAGCACCGUGGCCCAGCAGAUCCAGUCCGUCGCGUAGCCAGCAUGACUGAUGAGAGGGACCGUGACAGGGGCAGCAAAGAACGAGCAAGGAGUAAAGAGAGCGUGAAGAAAGAGACAACCCCCACCCCUCAACCUCCACAGACCUCCACCAAGCCUGCCUUGACAGAGGAGGAGAUCGAGAAGAAAUCAAACGCCAUCAUUGAGGAAUACCUCCACAUCAAUGACAUGAAGGAGGCACUGCAGUGUGUGCAGGACAUGAACAGUGCCCCGCUGCUCUACGUGUUUGUUCGAAAUGGCAUGGAGUCGAUGCUGGAGCGUAGCACUAUCGCCAGAGAGCACCUGGGCCUGCUGCUGCACCAGCUCAUCAAGACUGGCACCCUGCCCACACAGCAGUAUUUCAAAGGGCUUCAAGAGAUCCUUGAAGUGGCGGAGGACAUAGCCAUAGACAUCCCACACAUCUGGCGCUACCUGGCUGAAAUCAUCACUCCCAUGCUCCAUGAGGGAGGCAUCCCAAUAGAACAGCUUUUCAGGGAAAUCUCAAAGCCUUUGAUUCCCCUCGGCAAAGCCGGAGUCCUGCUGGUCCACAUCCUGACCCUACUCUGCAAAGAAAUGAGCCAUAAAAAGGUGGGCACCAUGUGGAGAGAGGCCGGUCUCAAUUGGAAAGACUUCCUCCUCGAAGACUUAGAUGUCAAUAAAUUCGUGACAGAAGAGAAUGUGGAGUUCACACUGGGAGAUGAGUCCGAGAAGGGCAAAAAGAAGGAGCUGAGCUCUGCAGAGCUAACCAAACAGCUGGACCGACUGAUCCAGGACAAGGCUGACAACCAGAGGAUUUUUGACUGGAUCGAGGCCAACCUGGAUGAGCCGCAAAUCUCUUCCAACAUGUUUGUCAGAGCGCUGAUGACCUGCAUCUGCCAGUCAGCCAUCAUCUGUGAGAACCCAUACAAGGUUGAAAGUGAGCAGAUCAACCAGAGAGCCAAGCUGCUGCAGAAAUACCUGAAAGAUGAGCAGAAGGAGCUGCAGGCUCUCUACGCUCUGCAGGCACUAAUGGUGGAGAUGGAGCAACCUGCAAACCUGUUGCGGAUGUUCUUUGACACACUUUACGAUGAGGAUGUGAUUAAAGAGGAGGCCUUCUACAAGUGGGAAUCCAGUAAGGACCCUGCUGAGCAACAGGGAAAGGGUGUGGCUCUCAAGUCCGUCACUGCCUUCUUCACUUGGCUCCGUGAGGCCGAAGAUGAGUCAGACAACAGCUAGGACCCCCCUCCGCCUGUACCCACUGGACUUCUAGAAGGACUGGUAGAGAGGAGGAGCAACUGUUCCGGGAUGAUUCAAAAACUCUGAAUCAGCAAAAUCCUUCUGCAUAAACGGAAAAAAGCAAGAAAAAAAUUCUUCAACUGGGAGAGAUUGUAUUACGGAUCGAAUGUUCGAUCUUUUUUUUUGGUUCUUUUUUUUUUUUUUUUUGAUGACGAAUGUCUUUUUGAACUAAGUGAAAGAGAUGAUUAAACUGAAAAAAUAAACCCAAGAGAGAAAACUCAGAAGUGUUAACAAGCCCUAGGGCAUAAUGCCGUUUCCUUCAGUGUUUUUUGUUGUUUUUGUGUUCCCCCCCUCCCCAUUUCUGAACUUUGAUCUCUCAUUUUAAAGUGGCUUUUCGUUGCCAUGGUGACACUAUUCAUGACAUUUUACUUAACAGAAAACAAACUCCCUAAGAGAUGAACUUUUAAAAAGGCUGCUGCUCACAUCUAUAUUUUUUGAUGACUUCAUCAUAGAUCACGGCGUGAGGACACAGUGAUGUGUGUCAUGUACGAUGUCAUGUAUGAUCUACACAACACGCUUAUGUAGGUGGUUAGCCCCCUCCCUUUUUUUCCGGGUGUUGGAUGAUUGGAGUGUGCUUUUUUUUUGUAAUAAAAUUAGAAAACACAAAGAAAGUUGGACAUGCCAGAGCCAUUUCAGAAAUUAAUCUAGUGGUUGUGGACUCUAAGGAUUUUAUGUGGACUUUGGGAGGACAGUGUCACAGAGGAAGGGAAGAACGCUGGAUAUUGACCUUUUGCUGCCCCAGAGGGGGGGGUCAAGGGGAAUGUCGGCGAACCUUCCCAAAUGGCCCUCCUCCUCUACGGUGUGUCGGUUUUCACUUUUCUCCUUCGCUUCAUCAAAUAAUUGGGCGGUGGAAGAGAGAACCAAGACGGUGCAGGGAGGGUGGAUGGAAAGGCCCUCCAACGAAGCCUAGUAAAGGUUUUUAAGAGAUAGAAUAUCAUUAUUGACACUUGAAGAAUAUAUAUAGCAAAUCAAAUUUAAGAAAAUGAAAAUAAAAAAAAACUUUUACAGUGCAAAUGCUAAGCCUUUUCUGCUUCCACAAGUGAAAAUGCAUUUUGGGAGGGUUCUGUGAAUAAAUGUUUUUUGUUUUUUUUUUUCCAAAAAUAAAAAUGCUAAUGUAAUGCGAUGUAACCCCCCCCACCCCCUUCAAAAACAAAGUGGCAGUUUUGUUUUUCCCUGUAUUUAUAUUUUUCUCUCCUCAGCUGGCAGAAGGUGCUUGUAAUUAUCCACCCCAAGUCAUUGAUUACAAUAUAAUUGAAAAAAAACUGUAAAUACUUUUUUUUUGCUUUACUUUAUUAAAAAGAUAUUUAAUUAAAGAAAAAUUAAUGCCUCUUUUCACAUCCAAAACUGUAAAGGAUAAUAAAGAACAUUGCAAAUAAAGAA